UUGUUAUCCAGGUCGUUAUACAACACCCCCCCACCCUCCUCAACCGCACACAAACAUAUGUAGAUGUAUAUAUAUAGAGGAAGUUAGAAGAGACAGAUAUAUCCAAAGAUACAGAACAAGGAAGAAGCUUAUAUGAGAGCUAUAUUUCACCAGUCACUUUGCUAUCUGAGCCUAACGACCACAGCCAAAACAACCAAAAACUUUGGCCCUUCAUUUAUUAGAAAAGUUAUGUCUACAUCUGAUCAAUACUCUAGUUUUAACACACCCAGAUUGCCAAUCAAGAAAGUCUUGGCCAAGCCUCAACGCGAGGGUGAUGGUGCUGUGGUUAGGAGGAGUAUUGGAAGGUCUGAAUUGAAGAAUUUGGAUCCUUUCCUCAUGCUGGAUGAAUUUUCAGUUACAGCCCCUGCUGGAUUUCCAGACCAUCCACACAGAGGUUUCGAGACUGUUACAUACAUGCUGCAGGGAGCAAUUACUCAUCAAGAUUUUGCAGGCCACAAGGGCACAAUUCAAACCGGUGACAUUCAGUGGAUGACAGCAGGAAGAGGUAUAAUACAUUCAGAAAUGCCAGUAGGAGAGGGUGCACAAAAGGGUCUGCAACUAUGGAUCAAUCUUUCCUCCAAGGACAAAAUGAUUGAGCCCAGGUACCAAGAAUUGGUAAGUGAGGAGAUCAAAAGGGCAGAACAAGAUGGUGUUGAAGUAAGAGUCAUAGCAGGAGAAUCAAUGGGUGUCCAAUCUCCAGUUUACACUCGAACUCCCACAAUGUAUCUUGAUGUCACUCUCAAACCGAGUGCACAAGUGCACCAACCCAUCCCAGAAUCAUGGAAUGCCUUCGUGUAUAUAAUCGAGGGUGAAGGCUUGUUUGGCUCGUUAGGCUCGUCACCUGUACCGGCCCACCAUGUCUUGGUGCUGGGGCCCGGAGACGGGCUUAGUGUUUGGAACAAGUCAUCCAAGCCGUUGAGAUUCGUGUUGAUUGGUGGACAGCCGUUGAAUGAACCGGUUGUUCAGUAUGGGCCUUUUGUGAUGAACACACAAGCUGAAAUUGAUCAAACUAUUGAAGACUAUCAUUACUUCAAGAAUGGGUUUGAAAUGGCAAAGUAUUGGAAGUCUCAAUCUGUGGGUUAAAGCUUCGAGAAGCACGAGGUUUUUAUAUCAUUCUAUUGUCUUUUUAUAAUUUUAUUUCAUCUUUAUCUUUAUUUAAAACUUAUAUCUCAAAUCUAUCGUUAUUUAUCCGAAAAGCGUAGUUAGAACGUAUGUUUUGCUCUGCAAAAUUCGCUUUUAUAUAUAAACUACGCAUUUAUGUAAAUGACGAUAAAUUGAAAUAUAAGUUUUAAAUAACGAUAAAAAAUGAAAUAAAGAUAUGAAAAAUGAUAAUUUAGAGUUUGGUUCAUGAAAGCAUGUUCCAACCUCCAAAGAAAAAGCUAAGAAGAAAUAAAGGUUACCAUCUUUAUGUAUCACUUUCUGUCCCUAUCUUCAUCCAAAUAGUGCAAUCAAUUAGAUGCUCAAGGGAUGAGAGAGAAAAGCUUCUAGAAGGCUAAAAAUGUAGACUUCUUACUGAUGUGAGAGAAAAGCUUCUAGAAGCCUUUAAAAAUGUAUUAUUUUACUAAAAAUCAUGAUGGGUCAGUUUGUCACGGUGGAUAUUUCUUUGGAGUGAUUGUGUUUUGGUGUUUGUUUUUUUCUUUGUUUUGGUGGUAGUUGAUGAUUUAGAAGUUUGAUUAUUUCUGGGUUCACUUAAAGUUGUCUUUUUGAUUGUAAUAU